GCGCCCGGGGGACAGGCUACUACCGAGACAUGCAGGCAAAGACAGCGGCGUCCGCAAGGGCACGCGCACCUGCGGGCGGCUAUGCUCCUGCCAUCCCAGCGGCGGCAUCCGGAGCUGGGCCAGAAGACUUGGCGAUUCCGGAGGGCAGCAUUAUGCUUGGCCUCGUCGGGCACCCAAACGUGGGCAAGUCGUCCAUGGUCAACAGCCUCAUGGGCGGGAAGGUGGUCAGCGUCAAA